AAAAGAAAAUCCGACUGGGAGUUGCAUGCAGAAAGAAACAUGGAUGGACCACUCAAAGAACUCCGUCAGCAGGGACAGAUUGUUCUACCGGAGAAAGCUGCAAUAGCGAAAAUGACCGUCGGUCAAGCGUUUAGAACAUACAACAGUUACCUUGACAACGUAGAUACAAUGUGCUACCGGAAGCUGCGCAUGGGCAAACUUGGAGAUGGAGGCUGGGAGAUCUGUGACGAUGCCAACUACCGACCAGUAAAGCCCUGUAUCGUGUACUCGUUUGGAAUCAACAACGAUUUUUCUUUUGACGAUGACACGGCCAAACACUAUGAGUGUGAUGUCUCUUCCUUUGAUCCGAGUAUGACCGAGGCAUCCUACCAGAGGUCGCCACGUGUCCGGUUUUUUAAAUCAGGCCUUGACGGAAAGGAUUAUAAGAAGAACUCCUGGGAGUUACAGACAUUGACGACCAUCAAGAAAAUGUUGAACCACACCGGGAAAUACAUUGAUGUCUUGAAGAUGGACAUCGAAACUUCAGAAUGGCCGUCACUAGCCAACAUGGUGUCAUCAGGGGAACUGUCGAAAGUCAGACAGUUUCUCGUGGAAUACCACGGAUUUUGUGACAAGAGGGAUGACUGCAUCAGCAAACUGAAAAUAUUGAAAGACGUCCAUGACCAGGAUUCAGGAAGUUCCAUGUCCACAAAAAUGAUAACUGUGGAUUUCAUAAUCAGUUAUUUCCUGUCAUAAGGACAGCUUGCUAUGAGAUUCAUUACGUGAAUAUCAAGCUUCAGUGAAGUCAUUGUUUAGUGAGUGAGUGAGUUUAGUCUUACACGGCUUGUUACAAUAUUCCAGCAACAUCGCGGCGCCCAUGUUUAGUAAUUUUCCCACCACUUCAGUUUGCGCCAGUUCAAGAUCGUUAGUAUCGUUGUCUCGGUAGGUAGUUUAGGUGGUGAACAAGGGACGGAAUACGGAAGUCGAGGAAUUUAUAACGACAGCAGCCAUGUUUAUUAUA